CCGCCCCUUUCCCACGCUCGGGUGAAACCUCUCUCUCUCUCUCUCUCUCUCGCUCGCUCGCUCGCUCCACCGAACCAUCGUCUCCUCCUCCUCUGCCGCCCCUUUCCCACGCUCGGAGCUCACCCCUACUUCUCCAAGGGGGAAUUCGAAAAAACUACAACUGCACAUAAAAAAUUUGUUAGGGGAAAUGGCUUCGCGUGUUACAUCGAAAUUAUCUUCAGCAGGCCGUUUGCUGUUGGGGAGUCUCGGCAACAAUCUAUUGGGAGUAGCGAAAAGUUCUCAAGAGACAAUAGCAGGGCAAAACUAUGGCAAUAUAUUGUCUCAGCAACAAAGAACCUUCAUUCAGAUGAGGACCAACCUCAAAGUGGUGGACAACUCUGGCGCUAAGAGAGUCAUGUGCAUACAAGCAUUGAAGGGUAAAAAAGGAGCAAGAUUGGGGGACACCAUAAUUGCGUCUGUAAAAGAAGCACAACCUCGUGGUAAAGUGAAGAAAGGAGAGGUGGUGUACGGCGUGGUCGUGCGUGCUGCGAUGCAGCGAGGUCGGUGCGAUGGCAGCGAAAUCAAGUUCGACGACAACGCAGUCGUUCUUGUUAACAAGCAAGGGGAGCCGAUAGGUACUCGGGUUUUCGGGCCGGUCCCGCACGAACUCAGGAAAAAGAAGCAUGUCAAGAUCUUAGCUUUGGCCGAACACAUAGCUUGAGAUAAACCCAGUUUUAACAGCUAUUGCAGUGCUUUCCCUUUGCAGUUCUUGUAACUGGAUAAUUUGUUGGCCAGUAGAGAGAACUAAAUCAUUGUUCCUAUAUAUUGUUCCUUACCGAGAAUCUAAGAACUUCUUUUGCUGUUUGUUGUUUCACUGAUCUCAAUAAUAAGGUGUUGUUACAUGGAAUUGCACCUUC